UGCAAAAAGGGCUUCUUUUAUUGUUCUUCUGAUCGUCUCUUUGAUUUGCAUAUUUUCAAAGUUGAAAUUUCAGAUAGACUUGUUCUUCGAGACGUGUGUGGGUUAUUCACUGGUGAGAUUUCUUACUUCAAUGGAGAAAACUACUUAUGAAGAACUCAUUGUGUUGGAGAGACAGAAUCUUCGAAAAUCUAUGGAGAAAUUUAAAUCUGGUGCGUCUGAUAUAAUAAACUGCACCCAUCAGUUGAAGGUUGCACACAAACGUAAUAUGAUGGUUAAAGCCAAUAUUAACAAGAGGUCUAGGGAGCUAGGGCAAAAGGAGGAGGAGCUGCAAAGUUUGAGCUCAGAUCUUGAUAAAAGUGUUAGAAAUUUCGAGAAAGAAAAAUCUGAUGCUGGUAACUUAAAGAAAUUGGUGGAAGAAUGCUCGGAAGAACUGAGAGCAAAGAGAAAUGAAUUAACGGCGAUGCUGGACACAUCAACAAGGAUUCAGAGAGAGAUCGAUUCUAAGAAAAAACUCUUGGCACAAUAUCUGGCUGAAGUUCGGAAGCUUUGCAGUGAGGUUGGUAAGGUUCAAAUUCGCAAGAAAGAAAUGGAAGAGGAGACAGACAGAAAGAAAACCGAUUUGGCACUCAUUCUUGACCAGAUCAAACAAGCUGGGAAGCACCUUGUGAUGGUCGACGAGCAACUAGAGUCUCAACGAAGACUGCAUGAGAUUCAGUCAUCGGAGCUAGAAUUUAAAGAGAGAGAGUUGGAACUUGUGAGAGAAUCAAUCAAGCUUUCCAAUUCUGACCUUGAGCUGAAAGAAAACAAGGUACAAUCAUUAAACAACUGUAUAACACUUUGUGUUCAAGAGAUUGACUCGAAAUCCAAAGAACUGGGGGACACCCAAAAGCUGAUUGAGCAACAAACCAGUGAGCUUCUUGUCAUGCAUAAUCAGCGUGAUCAUUUCAAGCAGUUUAUCCAGGAACUUUCUGAAGAGAUUGUCACUAAAGAGAAGAUACAUAAAGAGAUUUUGGAGGCGAUUAGCAGAAGCUCCUCUGAAAUGGAAGAAAAGGCUAAAGAGGUGAAAGCAGCAGAGACUGAAGCAAGUGAUUUGAAUCUAAGAUCUGACAGGCUUAGGCAGGAGACUGAAGGUAAAGAAAAGGAACUAGAUCUCCUUAAGAAUCAGAUAGAGUCAGAGGAAAAGAAACUCGUUCAGCUAAAGAGAAAAAUAAAAGUGGAGACAGAUGGCAAGAAGCAAACUUUGGUACUGAUUCUUAACAAGACUGAAGAAUCUAAAAAUAAGCUGGUGGUGGUGGAGAAGCAACUAGAGUCUCAGCACAGAGAGCUCGAGAUGAAGUCACGAGAGCUACUUUCUAAAGAGAAGGAAUUGGAAUGUGUUAUAGAAUCAAGCAAGCGCUCCAAUUUUGACCUUGAGGGUAAAGAAAAUAGGAUCCUAGCGUUAAAUAAACUGAUAAACAUCUCUGAUGAACAGCUUGAGUUAAAAUCAAAAGAGUUGGGAGAAGUUCAAAAACUGAUCGAGGAACAAACAAGUGAACUCGGUGUCCUGCAUAAGCAACGUGAUUCAUUGACUCUGUUGAUACAGGAACUUGCUGAAAAGCUUCAUGCUGAAGAGAAGCGACAUAAGGAGAUUUUGGAGGCUAAUUGCAGAAGUUCAUCUGAAAUGGAAUCAGGAGAGACUGAAACAAGGGUUUUGAAUGUAAAGUCUCAAAGGUUUAGGGGAGAGGUUGAAGAUAGAGAAAAGGAACUAGAUCAGCUUAAGAAUCAGAUCAAUUCCUAUGAAAGCAAACUCGUUCAGCUUAGGAAAUCGAUCCAAGAUUGUACAACGGAACUGAGUUCAAGAAGAUGUCAGGUGGAGGCAAUGAGGAAAAUUCAAAGAGAACUUGAGUUAAAAAAACAGUUGAGACAAAUGAGCACUUUGUUUGUUAAGCAUGAGCCGCAACCAGCUUCAGCGCCUAUCAAUGAUACCAGCCAACAAAAUGCAACAGAAACUGAAGUGGUUACUGAAGAUGCUCUCAUGCAUCAUGGAAACUCAACUAUUCUUGAGCGCCAUGAAGUCUCUAGUGUUCUUGCAGGUUCACUUAAUCCAGCAGAAUUUAUUCUGGAACUAGUGCAGGGAGAAAUUAGAGAAGAAGUGGACUUACCUGACUCAUUGGUGGAGAAUUGGGUACUUCUUUUUGAGGAGCUCGCAAAAAUUCAGAGAGAAGACGAGCCUGAACUGCAGACCAAGGCCACACAAGUGGCAACUCUUUGGAAAAGGAAGAUAACGAUCCAAGGUCCAAAAUCAUCUCUCGAGGCCUUGGCCUUUCUUCUGUUCAUCGUGGCAUAUGGAUUAGAGAAAUUGAUCAAUCAAGAAGAAUCUGCUCUACUUGCUUCGUCCAUUGCUCAAUACGAACAUGCUCCAACACUCUUUAACUCUCUAAAGUUUGACAUCACAGCGAUUGUUGAAUAUCUCAUCACGAAACGCCAGUAUAUUCCCGCAGUCCAGCUUAUAUGUCCUUUUAAGCUUGAUAAAGACUUCCCAGCAUCACAUCUCUUAACGAAAGAGAUCAUGGAUUUAACACGGUCUGCUUUGGAAAGGAGACCAGCUGAAUCUUCCUCCCAGGCUAAAGACAAUGAUGCUGGAAGAUUGAGAGCUGUACUUGAACUUGUGGCAGAUUAUAAACUCGAAAUUAAUCUCCCAGGGGACCUCAUCGCCAAGCUCCUAAUUCAAAGAGAAAACUCAACCCCCCCCCCCUCUAGUUCAUUGCUAUACGAGGCAUCACACCUCUGCAUCAAAUCAACAAGCUAAUUCUCCUAAUCUGGCUUCUGCUCAACUUUCAAGUGCGAGUCUUCGGGUUCCUAAACCUGAGGUCAAACCAUACUUGAAGUAGAUCCUAAUGUUGCUCUACAUGCCUUAAGGCUAGCUAGUAGGAAUCAAAGUAGGCGCGUAUAUAGCUCGUGCUCAUGGUUAUGGUAGGUCUUAGUCUAGGUUUCUCCUAGGUUAUGGUAGGCUUAAAACUCUUUUGUGUAGAGACUUGUUCAAGCUUGUUUUCUGGACCAAAAACAUUUCUUUUUUGAAGUAAAGACUAAUUACGUAA